ACCUCUCAGCUGAUGAGCUUUUAGAUUGCAAGCUUUUUUUUUUUCUCCGUAGUACAGUGCGCUAUUAUAAACGAGGACUUUUAUGAAUACCAGUAAGCCACAGAAGCCAGUGCUUACAGGCCAGCGGUUUAAGACCAGAAAAAGGGAUGAAAAGGAGAAGUUUGAGCCUACGGUUUUCCGAGACACUAUUGUUCAAGGCCUCAACGAAGCAGGUGGUGAUCUUGAUGCUGUAGCCAAGUUUCUGGAUGUCACUGGGUCGAGACUAGACUACCGCCGCUAUGCCGACACCCUGUUUGACGUCCUCAUGGCCGGGAGCAUGCUUGCUCCCGGGGGAACACGUAUUGAUGAUGGGGACAAGACCAAGGUGACGGAGCACUGUAUGUUCAAGACAGAGGAAAACCACACUGCUGUCCGCAGCUAUGCUCAGGUGUUCAAUAAACUUAUCAGAAGGUACAAAUAUCUGGAGAAGGCUUUUGAGGAGGAAAUCAAAAAGCUUCUUCUCUUCCUGAAGGCCUUCACUGAGUCUGAGCAGACCAAACUAGCCAUGCUAACAGGCAUCCUGUUGGCCAACGGCACACAGCCACCAUCUAUCCUCACCAGCCUCUUCAGUGAUAACCUUGUCAAAGAAGGAAUAUCAGCUUCUUUUGCAGUGAAGAUGUUUAAAGCUUGGAUAGCAGAGAAGGAUGCCAAUGCAGUGACAUCGGCCCUUAGAAAAGCCAACCUGGAUAAGAAACUCCUGGAACUCUUUCCUGCCCAUAAGCAGAAUGUGGAGCACUUCUCAACGUACUUCAUUGAGGCAGGACUGAAAGAGCUGUCAGACUUCCUGCGCACACAGCAGUCUCUGGGCACACGCAAGGAACUUCAGAAAGAGCUGCAGGAGCGCCUGUCACAGCAGUGUCCCAUCAGAGAGAUUGUGGUGUAUGUGAAAGAGGAGAUGAAGAAGAAUGAUCUUCAGGAGCAGGCUGUGAUUGGCUUACUGUGGAGCUGCCUCAUGAAUGCUGUUGAAUGGAAUAAGAAAGAGGAGCUGGUCACCGAACAGGCCCUCAGACACCUGAAGCACUAUGCACCUCUCCUGGCUGUGUUCAGUACUCAGGGCCAAUCAGAGCUGGUCUUACUGCUCAAGAUUCAGGAGUACUGCUACGAUAACAUCCACUUCAUGAAAUCCUUCUCCAAAAUAGUGGUGCUCUUCUACAAAGCUGAUGUCCUUAGUGAGGAAGCUAUUUUGAAAUGGUACAAAGAUGCCCACGCUGCCAAAGGAAAAAGUGUAUUUCUGGAGCAAAUGAAGAAAUUUGUGGAGUGGCUUCACAACGCGGAGGAAGAGUCUGAAUCAGAGGGGGAAGAUGACUAAUAUUUGUAGGAUCCUGAAGAUUUUAUGGAUUUUACACUGUGGCCAGCUUUUUAGUGCAUAUUUAGGCUUUUUGUCAUUACAUUUGUGUCCAGAUGGACGAGUCGCAUACUGCACACUGAAGCCCAAUCCAGGGAAAAGCUUCUGAGCUCUAUAUAAAGAGUGCAGGGAGCUACAUAUAGACAGCCUUUAAUAACAAACACUGUAACGUGGAUUUUAUAUUAAUGCCGUUCAGGUACUGAGUUGGCACACAUGAGUUUCCUGCGACUGAUUUUCAUUUGAACAAACACAUGUAUAUGUCGUAUGGGACUGCUUUGAAUUUUUUAUGAAUAAAAGGUGUUUUAUAUGUACUGUAGUUCGAGAAAUUGUCUCUUUUAAUUUUCUGAAUCAUCUCUAUCUCUUCAUUUUUAAGUCACUUUAGAUAUAGGUGUCUUCCAAAUCAAUAAA